AUGUUUGGUUGGCUGAAUAGAUACAGUGCGCGUACAUAUGCACUCCUAGGAGAAAUAACGCUCGUGGUGAUUGGUCCUGCAUUGGUGGCGAUUGACAUUACUUAUCGAUACAAUUGGGUCGUUCGACUACGGAUGGCAGAUUUUUAUGCCUACCUGAGUUUAUCGGGAAUCAUCAGCUUGUACAGCCUCUUUGGCAUUUAUGCAACCGUAACGCGAUGGGUUCGCGGAGUGACCAUUUAUACCAUUGGUCUGUCGUUGCUUAUGCUUGUUCAAACGGUCAUCGGACUGGUGCAUAUCGUUGUUCUGUCGCUGCAUUACCACGAUAAUUUAAUGCAUUGGUGCGUGCAAAGUCAACCGUCGUAUAUCUUUUGGUGGAAUCUAGGCUAUGAGGAUAAUACCGAAUUGACCAGAGCAUACCAUUACUGUGAAGGCCAAUGGUCUCACUUUGCCGCCCAGCGUAUAAUUUCUUGGGCUCUUUUCAGUUUUUUAUCGACAUUAUCUUUAUUGGCCAUUCAGCGAUACCACCGCUUGGUUAAAGUAUCCAGCCCGGAACCGACCUUGAACAUAAGCGAGCAAGAUCGGUGGUCCAGCGAAGAAAAACUGACUGGAAAGAUGAAAUCUCUCGCUGCCAAGGCAUUCCGACGAGGAGGAACGUAUAAGAAAGGACGGUGCGAUGAAGAAGAAGCCGCAGAAUGUGAACGUGAGAAAAACCGAACGCCACCGCCUCCCGCUUACUCGCCCACAUUGGAAGAAUCCAAGCGACAGGAAGAAGAACUGUACCAGCACCGACAGCGAUUGUACGCUGAAAUUACAAAGAGUCGCCGAGCCCAAGAAGCUCAACAGCGCACGUCAAUAGCGGAGACUUCCGCCAAUAGUGAAGGGAAACGUGUUUCGGCCGCUACUCCUUCGUCGCCAUCUAAUCCGCUGCUUAACACUGUGCAUCCGCUGGACAUUGCGGGACCAACGACCCAUGACGAGACUUAUGUUCCACCGGAUUCUAUCCCACCCCCCGUGGAAGCAGGCACCUCAUGGUAUCCUGCGCCGGCCCAUGCUCCCGCCUCCACCGAGGAAUCAGCGGCUGCCUUGCGUGAUGGACGCAAAGGAUCAAACGUCUCUUCCGAAAAAUUGGAUUAUGAUCAGUAUCGUGCUUCGGUCGCUGGUGGACGUCGUUCCCUUCGUCCUACUUCACUGGAAAUGACGAUGUCACCCCAACAAGACUUGACAACGUCCGACGGCGAACUGCCGAAAUCAAGACGUCGUAGCAAGAAAAACAAACGAACAAGUGUUGCUGACAAUCCCAUACUUUUAGCAGGUGGGAAAAACUGGACGCCGCAAGAUUCGAUUCAUCCCACCUCACCCGGUCCAUCUCAAGAAGGGGCCGAUCACCACGCAUAA